UCUUCUCUCGAGUCCUCUGUCUUUCCCUCUUUCCCAUCCCCAUAUACUAUGAGUGUGCGCGAGUUCCAACCGCUCUUCACCUGGGGCUUCAAGUUCCACCGUUCGCAGUUCCUUGUCCCGCUUCUCUCGAACAAUGUGUUCAUGUCUGGCAACGAGGCCGUCAACUCGGGCACGUCGGCAGGCGGGUGGGCCGGUGACGCGCUUUCGGAGAUGCUGCAGAACGAGCUGACCGAGGGCCAGAACGUGGUGCGUGCCGAGGCACAGGCGCUGCGCGGGGCCGAGGCUGCCAAGGGCGCGAUGCUGGACCAGGCUGCGGAGCUUGCGGCCAACAAGGUGCCUGCCGACCACUGCGUGGCGAUGGGCGCGGAUGAGGUUGAGGCACCGGCCGGCGGCGUGCGCCCGCUGGAGGUCAUCUCGCAGCUGCCGACGAGCGAGCUCUCGGACGCGGAGGUGCUUGCGCUUGUGGUAGCCAAGAAGAUCCCGGCGUACAAGCUGGAGAAGGUGCUGGGCGACUGCGCGCGGGCGGUUGUCAUCCGGCGGAUGCACCUGGAGACGCUCGGUGUGGAGCUCGAGACGCUUCCGCACGAGCACAUUGAUUAUGCGCCGAUUCAGGGUGCGUGCUGCGAGAACGUGGUUGGCUACGUCUCGCUGCCUGUGGGCACCGCAGGCCCGCUCCUGCUGGACGGGACCGAGUACUUUGUGCCCAUGGCGACCGUCGAAGGAUGCCUAGUGGCGUCGACGCACCGCGGGUGCAAGGCGAUCACGCUCUCGGGCGGGGCGUCGUCGGAGCUGCUUGCCGACGGCAUGACCCGUGGCCCGGUCCUCCGCAUGCCGUCGCUUGCCAGCGCGGCCGAGCUCAAGAAGUUCCUCGACGAUCCCGAGACGUUUGCGGCGGUGCAGGCGGCGUUCAACUCGACCUCGCGGUUUGCGCGGCUCGAGUCGGUCCAGGUCUCUGUCGCUGGCCGCACCGUCUUUGCCCGCUUCAAGGCCUUUACCGGCGAUGCCAUGGGGAUGAACAUGAUCUCCAAGGGCACCAAGAAGGCGCUCGAGCUCCUCCAGGCCGAGUUCCCCGACAUGAUUGUGGUCUCGGUCUCGGGCAACUACUGCACCGACAAGAAGCCCGCGGCGCUGAACUGGAUCAACGGCCGCGGCAAGUCGGUUUCGGUCGAGGCCACCAUCUCGGCCUCGGUCGUCUCCAAGGUCCUCAAGACCUCGGUUGACGCCCUUGUUGACGUCAACAUCUCCAAGAACCUCAUCGGCUCGGCCAUGGCUGGCUCGGUCGGCGGCUUUAACGCCCAUGCCGCCAACAUUGUCACCGCCAUCUUCCUCGCCACUGGGCAGGACGCCGCCCAGAACGUCGAGUCAUCCAACUGCAUCACCCUCAUGGAGAAGACUCGUGAUGGCGACCUGUACAUGUCGGUCACCAUGCCGUCGAUCGAGGUCGGCACCAUCGGUGGCGGAACCCACCUGCAGGCCCAGUCAGCCAACCUGCGCAUGCUCGGCGUCAAGGGUCCCAACCGCGAUGUGCCCGGCUCCAACGCCGCCACCCUCGCCCGCAUCGUCGCCGCCACCGUCAUGGCCGGUGAGCUCUCGCUCAUUUCGGCCCUCGCCGCCGGCCAGCUUGUCCAGUCGCACAUGCAGCACAACCGGUCGUCGCAGAACCUGGCCGGGGCUGCCGCCACGGCUUCCAACUGA